GCGCACAAAUGUGCUUGCUGGUUUAUUUAUCUUGAACAGCAACUAAGCUAACACUGUUAAGGUUCUUUCCUUUCUCUGUUUCCUGUUGAAAAAGACAAGUGCUAAAAAUAUGACGAAGAAACGCCGUAAUGGAGGUCGUUGCAAGCACAAUCGUGGCCAUGUGAAGCCUGUACGCUGCACCAAUUGUGCGCGUUGCGUUCCCAAGGACAAAGCAAUAAAGAAGUUCGUCAUUCGCAAUAUUGUGGAAGCAGCAGCUGUCAGAGAUAUUUCUGAAGCUUCCAUCUGGGAAACUUACAUUUUACCGAAGUUGUACGCUAAGCUUCAUUACUGCGUUUCAUGUGCUAUCCAUUCAAAAGUUGUUAGAAAUCGUUCGAAGGAAGCCCGUCGCAUUCGCACACCUCCAGCUCGAACCUUCCCUAAGGAUAUGGCUCGCAAUCAACCAAGAAAGUAGAGCAAAUAAAUAUUUUAGUGUGUGACAAACUA